GAGGCAGUCCGUGGUCGCGCUGCUGGUGGUGUUGCUGCUUUUUCGCUGGGCGGGCGAAGGCCUUGAAGCUUUUGCCGGGCUUAGUCGACGUCUUCAAAGCAUUGGCCUUUUGGGAGAUGUGGCAACCAGGUCGAAGCACACUGUUCGUCACGUUGUACAGGAACCACCCACAAGGAUGCGUCCUCCGGAUGUAGAAGAUGCCGUCCGAUCCAAGGCUGCUGACUGGGCAGAGUGCAUGGUGCAGUUUGGGGAUGGAUCCUACGAUGCCGAAGAGGUGUGGGUUUUCAGGCGCAAAGACUUUGAGGAAUUUCAGCGCCUCAUUGGGUUGCGUUUGAGUUAUCGGAAGCCUGGUCACGGUCAGGAAGGUCCUGCACGUUAUGGAGAGGCAAGGCGAGAGGAGGUGCACGCGCCUCCUGUGUUCAGGUCUUGA